CGUUCGCUCCCCCUGGCUCCCCCAUCCACAAUAAGAGAUAUCUGCGAUGUGGAGUGGCGCAGGGCUCCCGCCUCGCUGACAGAGAGGAAACGAGCGAAUCGCCCGCGUGACUCUCUCACUCAUUGACCGCGCGGUCUAUAGCAAUUUUCAUUAUCCCUACCCGGUAGUGAGCAGUGAGGACCACUGCUAGGCUAUCUCCAUUGAAGGAACCGGGACAGAGGGAGAGAGCGAGAGAGAGGGGGGGGGGGGGGGCGAGACGGUAUUUGGAGCUCUCUCCAGCCUGCGCUCCCUCACAACCGCAGCAAGAUGCUGAGCGCCGCUCUUUGCCAACCGGCUGCUGUUUCUCCCGUCUCCAGGGGCUGACUCCCGGUGAAGAGAACUCUAAAUGGGCGUUUUUACCGUGUCUGUUGAUUCUCAAGGAUCCACGGUUGGAUAUUUUCGAAAUGAAACGAAUGAAAGAUGUGAGCAUCGAGAAGUGUUCUUGUUUUAGUGUGGUAUCUGCAGUCUCCUCCCCCAUAACAGUCAAGUCCACUGAACGCAGUGGUUCAGUGAUUUUGAGUAUUUAUUUUCAUGAUAAAUACGAAAAAGGAUUCACAUUUUGACAUUAGGGACUUUCUAACUUUCCCCGGUGUUUCGUUGUCUGUUUUGCGGUCUCUGUCCGUGAAACAAAAGAUCUCAGGACAUCAUCAACUCUGUGGAAAACAGCGACUUGAGAUCUUCCCCCGGUCUGAACAGUUUAGCGCUGUUUCUCCCCUUCUCUAUCCCUCUUCAAGCAUCUCCUCUGGUUACGCUGGAAGUCGCCACCCAUGUGGCCCUCGAGAGUGGGGAGCAGGCAGCCCUGUCCCCGGGAAUCGGCACUCCGCAGGGCGGCCAUCAGUGGCAACGUCCUCGCCCUGCCGCCGCACCACGUCCCCACGGGCAGGAGUGUCCGGGUCUUCAUCUGUGCCAACCCUGACGACACAGAAGCGGAGAGGAACGCACUGAAAGAGCAUGUCUACCCCAAACUACGGGACUUCUGCAGAGAGAAUUAUGGGAUUGAGUUCCAGGUGGUGGACCUGUACUGGGGGAUGGACCCAGAGGAGUGGGACAGUCCAGACCUGCAGCGUCUCAGGAUGAAGUUACUAGAGGACUGUCUCCAGACGUCGGCAGGCCCAUGUUUUGUUGGGCUGGUGGGAGAGAAGUAUGGCAGUAUACGCGUGCCGGGGGAGGUGGAGGCUCCAGAGUUUGAGAUGAUCUUGGAUGCGGCGGUGGAGGCGGGCCUAGACACACACAUCCUGGAGGAGUGGUACUGUCGAGAUGAGAACUCCGUGCCGCCGGCCUACUACCUCAAACCCAAAGCCCAGAUGUUGAAGAACUACCAAAACUCAAUGGAGUCGAGCAGUGCAGCCAAGACGAAGAACGACAAGGCGUGGAGGAACGUGUCUGAGGAGAUCAAGGGGAUCUUCCGUAGGUCUGUCCUGCAGCUCCAGGAGAAGGGCACCAUGAAGCCCCCCCAGGCCAAGAAAUUCCUCUGUUCUGCCUUGGAGGAUGAGUUGGACUUUGCCUUGGGCAAACAAACGCCUGCCUUCCUCAAGAAGUGUGUCUGCUAUAUCCGCAAGAUCUCCAACUUCGACCGGCACGCCAAACUCCCGGAGAUGGCCAAGUACAUGGACAUCGUCGUCGCCGAGGACCGCGUCAUGCGUAACCAGGAAGCCUACGAACGUCUUUUAAAAGUACGAGACGAGUUUAUCCCCACGGUGGUGGCCUCGUCCAACCUCCGGGUCUACUCCUCUGUGACGCACUGCGACAUGAAGCUAGGCUACUCCCAGGAAGUGGAGAGCCACUACGUUGAAGGCUUGUGUAAACAGUUCUACGAGGAUAUGGUGGACAUCAUCCAGGCCACGGUCCAGCAGAACUUUGACACAGAGACCGACCCCCUGUACGACGAGAUCCUCCAGCACCUCUCCCUGUGUAAGAACUUCUCUGCCUUCUACGAUUAUAAGAGCGAGACGCUGGACCUGGUGCAGGAGUAUCUGCUGCCGUCUAAAGGGAGUAGGAUGAGCCCCCUGGUGGUCUACGGUGGGCCCUGCACGGGGAAGACACUGCUGCUGGCCCAGGUGGCCAAACAGGCCUACACGUGGCUCCAGACGGAGAUGGGCCCCGAGACAGACCCGGUAGUCAUCGUCCGCUUCGUGGGCUCCUCAGAGUUUGCCACAAAUCUGCGUACCCUACUCCAGAGCAUCUGCGAGCAGAUAGCCAUCAACUAUCGUUGCCUGAUCCACUUUCUGCCCAACAAGAUCCAGGAGAUGACGGAGCUGCUAGUCAACCUCCUUGGGGAGUCCUCCUUCCAACGGCCCCUGGUCAUCAUCCUGGAUGCGCUGGAGCAGCUCUCAGAGGCUGACGAGGCCCGCAAGCUGUGGUGGCUUCCCGCCCACCUGCCUCGCACUGUCCGCAUCGUUGUCUCAACAUUACCCAACAAGCACGGAAUCCUCCAAAAACUCCGCUGUUUGAUCCAUGAUGAAGGACGCUACGUAGAGCUGGUGCAGCGUGACCGCAAGACCUGUAGUCAAACACUGAAGCAGCAGCUGCUGGGGUUGAAGAGGAAGGUGACCUCGGGACAGCAGAUCUAUGUCAAUGAAGCGCUGGCCAAGUGCACGCUACCCAUGUUCGUCAACCUCGUCUACCGGGAGGUGGUACACUGGCGCUCGCACAAGGACGUGGACGACCGUUCGCUGUGCUCCACCGUGCACGAGAGCAUCGAGCAGCUCUUCUACUCGGUGGAGAACAAGCUGGGGCAGCGGUUCGUGUUCAGGGCGCUGGGAUACAUUACCAUGGCCAAGGCGGGCUUAACGGAGGUAGAGCUGGAGGAUAUUUUGUCACUGGAUAACAGUGUGCUGGGAGACAUCAUGGUCAGUUCAAAUCUAAAAAACCCGCUGAGGAUCUCCUAUGACCUGGUGGCGAGGCUGAAAGAGGAACUGGAGGGGUACCUGGUGGAGAGGCAGGUGAGAAACGUUACUCUGAUGGUGUGGGCCAAUAGACAUCUGCACCUCAUCGCCCAGAAGCUGUAUCUUAGCAAUGAGGAGGACGUGCACCAAAUGCACAGCCUCCUGGCUGAGUACUUCCUGGGGGCGUGGUCGGGCGGCAGGAAAAAGAUAUUCCACUGCGACAACAACCACUUUGCCUCGCUCAACAUCUCCCAACACAAGAACCCCCACCCCCAGCAGCCGUCCCACAAAGAAGCAUCCGCCGAGAAGUACUCCUAUGACAGGCAGACCCCUGAGCAGCCCUGGGUGUUCCAGUGCAACCUCCUGGAGCCUGACAUCUUCUUCGUCAACCACAGGAAGAUGACAGAGCUCCUCUACCACCUGACUCGGAGUGGCCGCACAGACGACCUCAUGUACGGGGUCAUCAUGAACUUCAGUUGGCUCUACACCAUGAUCAAGAUAGGGCAGUUUGAGAAGGCGCUGACUGACAUCGACGUAGCCUACAGCUACUCCCAGGAGAAAGAACUCAAGUUCUUGGCCACCACACUGCGCAGCAUCAAGGUCAAAGUGAUGAAUAACCCGGCAUCCCUGUCUGCAGAGCUGCAGCAGAGGCUCCUCCCUGUGGUAACCUCCCUACCAAAGCUUCGACACCUCCUCCUGGAGUGCGACAAGGACGGCCCCAAGUACUGCUCCAUCGUGCCCCUCCACUCCUCCAUGGAUGUCACCUACAGUCCUGAAAGACUGCCGCUGUGCUCCAGCUACAUGCAGAUAGUGGAGAUCCUGCCCACCCUAGCCCCCAACAUUGUCCUCGUGGCCCUGGACGAUGGGUCCGUCAGCACAUGGGAUGUGGAGAGCAGGCAGCUCCUACGGCAGAUAGACACGGCCCGCUCAGUUGUCCUGGGGAUCAGACUAACCAGUGACGAGAAGUACCUGGUCGUGGCAACCACCAAGAAUACGCUGCUCAUUUAUGACAACCAUAAGUCCUGCCUGCUGUCUGAAGUCGACAUCAAGGGCUCCAAGCACUGUGGUAUCACAGGAGGGGUGGCUUUCAUCAACGGAUUCACACUGGCCAGCCAUCAUGCCUUGGCCUGGCUAGAGGCCAGUAAAGACGUUAAUGUGAUCGAUCUGCUCUACGGCUGGCCCCUCUACCAGUUCCACUGCUGGUACGAGGUCACCUGCGUCCAAUGCUCCCCGGAUGGAAUGUAUGCCUUCUGUGGUCAGUAUCUCAACACCACGUCCAUCUUCCAUCUGGGCACCGGGGACAAGCUAGCCACGGUCACGUCUGAGUUUUCCGGGGGAUUCGUCAAGUCCAUCUUAGUUCUGGACACCAUUCACCAGAUGGUGAUGAUCGAUAAUGAGGGGAGCCUGUCGGUGUGGAACACCAAAGAGAUCAACAACCCCAGACUGAUGGAAGAUUACGACUGCCGGGGGGACGAGAACGAGGUCGUAGGCAUUGAGCUGUCAGAAGACCAGCACUCCAUCCUCAUCUGCAAAGACAAGAGCAUCGAGGUCCUGGACACCAAGCUGUGGAAGAUGGCAGAGAAGUUCAAGGCCAAGCGGGCAGAGCGUUUCGUGGCUGCAGUCCUCUCCAAAAAUGGCCAAAGUAUCGUGGCCUCCAUGGAGAACACGUCGUCCAUAUUUGUGUGGAGGAGGGACAGUGGGCAGUGCAUGGCCAGCCUGAUUGAGAUCUCUGGGGCCAUCAUUAAACUCAUCAAGUCCACCCACCACAACCUGCUCCUGUCUGUGGCCAGCAGUGGAGUGCUAUCAGUCUGGGACAUUGACAUCAUCACCGCCAUGUCCAACAUUGACAAAACAGGUAAGAGGAUCCAGAGUUUACAGCUCUCUGGAAGGGAAGACUUUGUGUUCACAAUGGACGGCUCCGAAGCCAUCCACAAGUGGAACUUCAGCACAGGCUUCAUCGAGACUGUCUUCAAGCACGAGGGCUCGGUGGAGAACUGUGUCCUGACCUCCUCCGGGGAUCUCAUGGUGACGUCGGAUGAUAAGUGCAGCCAGUACAUCUGGCAUACGUCCACCGGCGAAAACAUUUUCCGCAUCAACGGACAGAAGAUAUCCCAGCUCCUGAUGACCCACAAUGACCAGUUCGUGGUGUCCCUCUGCGAACAAAACUGCUCCCGAGUCUGGAGGCUGGCCACCGGACACAAAGUGUGCAACAUACUGGUGACCCUCCAGAACGCACUGAUCACCACCGCAAACACCUUCCUAGUGGGAACUACUAAAAAUAAGCUGCUCGCUGUCAGCCUCUGGUCAGGCAGUAUUUCUAAGAAGUUUGUCUGUGACGACGGCAUUAGCAUUGUCAACUUCAAGCUUAUUCCCGACUGCCCUGACUUCGUGGUCUUCAUUACAUCGACAGAGACUGUGUUUAUAUGGAGCGUGGCGGACGAGUCAGUCUGCAGACGCGUCCAGCUGCCUACUAACUUCCUCAAAAACCUGGAAGACUUCCAGAUUUCACCAAAUGGGAAACUGGGCAUUGUCUCCAAGGGCGACGAGAACAUUAACGUGUUGGACCUUCACAGCGGGAAGCUGAGGCUCGUUCACGCCGCCGGUAUCAUCUGGCGGCAGAAGCUGUCCAGGGACGGGCGCUACCUGGUCUACAUCUGCUUCCGGAACUGCGAUGAAGAUGACGAAGCGGGUGUGGUGUCCAACCUGAUCGUGAUGCGUCUGGCGGAUGGAAAGAGCAUCGGGACAUGCUCCCUCUACAAGACGCCCACCUUCCUCUGCCUGUCCCAGCGGGCACUCAACAUCAUCAUCGGCUUCGAGGACGGCAGCAUCAGCACCUACACGGUGGUGGACCGCGUGGAUGCCGCACUCAAGAUCAAGAUUGCCACGUCCAACAGCCGGCAGAUCGUCAACAACGCCUCGCAGAAGGUAAGGCCCAAGUGCGGCAACCACACUUUCAAGACCAUCGCCGACUGCGUGUGGAGGGAGUCCACUGAAGUCUUCUCCAGGGAUAGCCCCAUCAAUGUGUCUGACUCAGGGGAGCCAGAGACCACCACUCCCACCAAAAAGAGUGAACUGUUGCAGUGAGAGCGGGGUAGGGGGGGGGCUACAGUUGACCCUUGUUUACAGCCACCUGAUUCAGCUGCAGAUGUCCUCUGUGUAGUUUACUAUAUGCUGGCUGCUACUAUAACGCUGCACUCAAGUCAUGUAUCACAACAACCUAUAUGAUGUUAGCUUAUUCAUUUUCUUCACACGACGACUGUUAGAAUCCAAGUAGUUUUUUAUGGUUCUAAUUUAUAUAUAAAAUAUAUUUAUUUGGUUUGACAUCAUUUUUCCUUUUUGCAUUUGAAGAACAAUGUUGAUUUUUCCAUUUCUCCAUUUUCCAUUUCCACAUUUCCAUUUCGGUUAGCUUUACCAAUUGUCUUUGUACGUGUGUUCAUUUCUUUGCGUUGUGCACAUUAAGCCAUAAUGUCGUUGUUAAGAAAUGUGUAUUUAUUUAUGUUUAAUUAAAUCAUACAUACUGAACAUUAAACUAUAUACACCAUCGUUCAAAAGUUUGGGGUCACAUCGAAAUGUCCUUGUUUUUUGAAAGAAAAGCACUUUUUUUUGUCCUAUAAAAUAACAUCACAUUUAUCAGCAAUACA